UUAUCAAACUACCGUUUUCUUGCGUAGACGGCGCGUACGACUUUGCAUCUCGCCGGUUAAAGUAAUAUAAAAGUCGGUGGUUCCAGUGGUCUGCAUCAGUUGUGUGUGGUCGGUGAGACGAAGUAAACCUUACACAAAAGCAAUGAUUGCUAAAGCCGCAGUAGUCCUUUCCCUGGUGGCGCUGGCGACCGCCGGAGUGGUCCAGUUAUCCCAUGGAUACGGCGGUGGUGAGGGGUACGGCCACGAAGCUGUAGCCUACGCCCCAGUAGCCCAGCUAUCCCACUACGAAGCACAGGAAGAGCACGUCGACUAUCACGCACAUCCCAAAUAUGACUAUUCCUACUCCGUGUCCGACCCUCACACCGGUGACCACAAGGAGCAGCACGAAGCCCGUGACGGUGACGUGGUCAAGGGAGAAUACUCCCUCCUCCAACCUGACGGCUCCUUCCGCAAGGUCACCUACACCGCUGAUGACCAUAAUGGUUUCAACGCAAUCGUCCACAACACAGCCCCAGUGCACCCUGAGUUCCACCACUAAUCUCUACCGGCCGGAGGCCAAUCUCAUGUGAUAUUACUGUACCUUUAUACUAUAGAUAGUCUUUAGUCGACAACGAACUUUUAAUGUAAGACUGCGGCGAAAAUAAACUUUUCGAAAACCCAA